CUUUGCGAUAAAAGGAUAAAAGGGCACGGGGAUGAGCCCUCGUCCUCCUCCGUCACCUCAAACAGUCUCUGUAAUUGUGGUUGUAAGGUAAAAUGCGGAUGAGGAGACAGUGACAGCGGACCAAAGGCCACGUGAAGUAUGGCUGCGCAAUAAGGCGGCGUUUACGCACUGAAUGUGAAGGAGCGGGAGCCACGUGCACUAAAAGGCGCUGAAGAUGACUGAUUAUUCAAGACGUGAAGCGCAUCCCUCCAAAAUGCAGAACCGGUCACCGAACCGGUUUCGGAGCCUCGGCUCCAGUCGGUAAAUGGAGCUCUCGUCCUCGCGCUCUGGCGUGUGUCCAUACAAGGUGCUCAUUAAGAGAGACGUUCGGUUCCUCUGACGCGUGUCCCGGUGCUGUGACGGCACCUGCCCCCAUAUAAGCCUGGGUACGUCACCCGGGAGACCUCCACCACGUUACAUCUGCCCGCGAAGGGGACGAGGCUCCUCACAACCAGCCGCGCUGCUUUUCGCUUCAGUGCAGAAAUACCUGAGUGAACUAACAGUUGUUCUCGUGCGUCCGGACGCGGUGCGCCCCUCAGUUCUCCAUGCCUGCCCGCUCCCACUGCAGCUGAAGACCGGCUCCACCAUGAUCAUCCACGUAGAGGGGCUCGUGGCCAUCGUGGUCUUCUACCUGCUGAUCCUGUUCGUGGGCAUCUGGGCGGCGUGGAAGAACAAGCACUCCGGGGAGGCGGAGGGCACCGACCGCAGCGAAACCAUCAUGGUCGGAGGACGGGACAUCGGGCUGUUCGUCGGCGGAUUCACCAUGACGGCGACCUGGGUUGGAGGAGGGUACAUCAACGGCACGGCCGAGUACGUGUACUCACCACACCGUGGCCUGGCCUGGGCCCAGGCUCCCUUUGGAUACGCCCUCAGCCUGGUUGUGGGGGGCCUUUUUUUUGCCAAGCCCAUGCGUUCGCGCGGCUACGUCACUAUGUUGGACCCGUUCCAGCAGCUGUAUGGGAAACGCAUGGGCGGCCUCCUCUUCAUACCUGCGCUCAUGGGCGAGAUCUUUUGGUCCGCCGCCAUUCUAUCCGCGCUCGGCGCUACUCUGAGCGUCAUUGUUGACAUCGACAUCAAGAUGUCGGUGGUUAUCUCCGCCCUCAUCGCCAUCUUCUACACCCUGGUGGGAGGGCUGUACUCUGUGGCCUACACCGACGUUGUGCAGCUCUUCUGCAUCUUUGUUGGCCUGUGGAUCAGCGUCCCCUUCGCGUUGACCAACCCCGCGGUGUCAGACAUCACCGUCACCGCCGUCAAGCAGGUGUACCAGUCGCCCUGGACAGGCUCCGUCCACAGGGACGACAUCUGGGUGUGGCUGGACAACUUCUGCCUCCUGAUGCUCGGUGGGAUACCCUGGCAGGUGUACUUCCAGAGGGUCUUGUCGGCCUCCUCGGCCACGUACGCGCAGGUCCUCUCCUUCCUGGCUGCGUUUGGGUGCCUCACCAUGGCCGUGCCGUCGGUUCUGAUCGGAGCCAUUGGGGCCUCCACAGACUGGAACCAGACCAGCUACGGCCCAGUUCCUCCCAAAGAGAACGACCAAGCAGACAUGAUUCUCCCCAUCGUGCUCCAGAACCUCUGCCCACCGUUCGUCUCUUUCUUCGGCCUCGGCGCCGUGUCCGCGGCCGUCAUGUCGUCCGCGGACUCUUCCAUCCUUUCAGCAAGUUCCAUGUUUGCGAGGAAUAUCUACCAGCUUGCCUUCAGACAGUCGGCUUCGGACCGGGAGAUCGUGUGGGUGAUGCGUAUCACCAUCUUUGUGUUUGGCGGCCUUGCUACAGUGAUGGCGCUGUUGACCGGGACGGUUUACGGCCUGUGGUACCUGAGCUCAGACCUGGUUUACGUCAUCAUCUUCCCGCAGCUGCUCAGCGUGCUCUUUGUCAAAGGCACCAACACGUACGGCUCGGUGGCCGCCUACAUCUUCGGCCUGGUGCUGCGUAUCGGCGGAGGCGAGCCCUACCUGCAGCUGCCUCCCUUCAUCUACUACCCAGGCUGGGACACCGAGACCAAGAAGCACCACAUUACUGGGGAAAUGGAGGAGGUGAUUGUUCAGAAGUUCCCCUUCAAGACCGUGUCCAUGCUGGCCUCCUUCCUGGGCAACGUGGCCUUCUCCUACCUGGCCAAGUAUCUGUUCGAGAGCGGCAAGCUCUCGCACAAGUACGACUUCCUCGACGCCGUCGUGUCCAAGCACAGCGGCGAGAUCCUGGAUAAGACCACGCUCGUAACCCGCGGCAACAACAUCGGGUUGUCGGAGAUGGCGUCCAUCAAGCCGCGGCUGAGCGUGACCUUGGCCGCCGCCUUCGCGCGGCGGGACACGCUGCCGGCGGAGACGGUGGAGGAGGAGGAGGAGUCCAGCCCCGGCUCCUCCCACCACGACGAAGAGUGACACGCUCGGGGCCCGAUCGAGACCCGCGACCGAGCUGCUGGGGCAGCCAGGCCCGAAACAGACAUGGUCGCCACAAAACCCCGCAUCGCGCUCGCAGUGACUGGACAAAAGCAUUUCAGGAUAUAUAGAAACGUAUGUAGUGUAGCAGCCGGCUGACGGUCCAGAGACAAAGCUCCAUCCAAGUCACGCACUCGUGUAGUCCUUCUAGAUGCUGUAGCUGGGUGUCUUUUGAGCUCGUCGUUUCCCGACAGGAUUUUAGGACGUUCCUAAAGGAGAGUUGCUUUUUUAUUUUUGCCCACUCAUGAAAAAGCAGACCUUUAACAGUGAAGGUAAGAGACGCCGCGUCCUUCUGCAGAGACGUGCUGAAAGAUCCAGUCAGACUUCAAGGAAGCAGCUGACAGCACAACCAGUUUGGACGAAAGGUUACCAGUUAGUAAAAGCAAUACCACCUAUAGGUUUUAGUGAAGUUCUAAUGAGCAAAACAAAAAUCCACAUUCCUAGCACAAUGUUUGUCUUGUUUUAUAUUUGAAUGAACACCCAAAAGAAGUAAGGUUUGAUCCAGCUGCCAGGCUUUCUCAUGUAUAUUACGAAGCAUCACUGAUAAACGCAUUAUGACUGUGAAUCCAGGAAGCAGCAACUCGUGUGUGACACCGAGUAAAAGCCGAUAUCCUCCUCAUUAAUAGGUGUAAGUUAGUGUUGAGCCGAUCUCGUACUCCGCUGCCUUAUCGAAGCUCAGUAGAAGAGACGAAGACUCGAACAUGAAUGUAACCUCUACCAAACAAGUCGUGUGCAGUGCGUCCAGGCCGUCGUGUCACUUUCUUUGUGCUUCGAGUUCAACGGGGCUCAGACGCGCACGUCUGUCCUUUGUUGGUCGUGAGCAGCAGCCGUCUGUGACGUUUGUGUGUUUAAGAGGUAGAAAAGAAUUACGCUGUAUAUAGCAAUGCAGGUUAAAAUGAAAGGGAUGCAGUUUAAAUGUUUAUUUAUUUUUGAUGUCAUAAAAGUGAAACAAUAAAAAUCUACUCAUAAAAUCUA